CUCAUCCACCCCCAGUGGGUGCUCACUGCUGCCCACUGCUUCAGCAAAUACAGGGACAUCUCCAAGUGGCAGGUGGUGAUUGGGGCCACCGACCUGGCCCAUCUGGGCCCCGAGGCUCAGGUGCGUAGGGUCCAGAGGCUCCUGGUACACCCACACUAUUUGGCUGCCACGGGGAGCAACAACCUUGCCUUGGUGAAGCUGGACCAGCCUGUAGAGUGCAGCGACUACAUCCAGCUGGGCUGUGUGCCUGACGCCUCGAAGAAAGUGAUGCAGCUCAGACAGUGCUACAUCGCAGGCUGGGGAGGCACCUCGGCCAGAGCUCACCGCCCAGGGCCGGUGCUGCAGGAGGCCAAGGUGCGUCUGAUGGAUCUGCAGCUCUGUAACAGCAGCCACUGGUAUGCAAGGGCCAUCACCUCCCACAGUCUGUGUGCUGGGUACCCGCGGGGCGGCGCCGACACCUGCCAGGGUGACAGCGGGGCUCCCCUCGUCUGCAAGGACAGCACAGCUGACUCCUUCUGGCUCGUGGGAAUUGCCAACUGGGCAAAGGACUGUUCUGGACUCAAACGGCCUGGGAUCUACACCUCCACCCAGCCCUACCUGGACUGGAUCCUGCAGCACACAGAAUUGCUCCCCCCA